UUGCUGAAUGAUGAGAGAUCAUUACAUCAACAAUUCUUCUUCUUCUUCUUCUUUGCUCCAUGUUUUGGUCAUUGGUACCCUUCUUCUUCUAUCCACAGUUUCUUCGGCCUCGGCUGCAGGUGGUAAUCACCGGAAAGAGCAGGAGAGAGAUAGGAUAGUCAAGCUACCAGGGCAGCCACCAAAGGUCAACUUCUCUCAAUACUCUGGCUACAUAACUGUUGACCCAAAGGCGGGCCGAGCCCUGUUCUAUUGGUUGAUCAAGGCCCCUUUUAAGAGUCAGCCUGCAUCUAAGCCGUUGGUUUUAUGGCUCAAUGGUGGGCCUGGCUGUUCAUCUGUGGCUUAUGGGGCCUCCGAGGAAGUGGGUCCCUUUCGUGUACGAUCCGAUGGGAAAACUCUUCGUCUGAAUCCCUACGCUUGGAAUCAAGAGGCGAAUUUGCUCUUCCUUGAUUCACCGGCCGGUGUCGGAUUCUCGUAUUCGAAUACUUCGUCCGACAUAUACACAGUUGGUGACAAGAGGACAGCUGAAGAUGCUUACACAUUUCUCAUCAAAUGGUUAGAGAGGUUCCCUAAUUACAAGCACAGGCCCUUCUACAUUGCUGGAGAAAGCUAUGCAGGCCAUUACAUUCCUGAGCUAUCCCAACUGAUCGUCCGCCGCAACAAAGGAGUCAAGAAUCCCGUCCUUAACUUCAAAGGUUUUCUGUUGGGAAAUCCGCUCCUCGAUGAUUAUUACGACAAUAUGGGAACUCAUGAGUAUUGGUGGAAUCAUGGUUUGAUAUCUGAUUCUACGUACAAUGACCUGAAAAAGUCAUGUCUAAAUGACACAUUCUUAUUCCCAAGAGAUGGAUGUAACAAUGCUCUAAAUAGUGCCUAUGGGGAAAUUGGAGACAUCAAUCUUUACAACAUCUACAGCCCUCCUUGCAAUGGGAUUGCCACUCUUAAGCAUAAUCUAGGUCAAAUACCAUUGCCAUGGAGAUUCAGAGGUAAUGAUGAAUGCGUAGUAAUGUAUACGAAAAAAUACAUGAAUAAUCGAAGGGUGCAGAAGGCUCUUCAUGCAAAUCUUACUCGCCUUCCUUAUCGCUGGGCUACUUGCAGUUCUAUCAUUAGGGGAAACUGGACUGAUUCUCCAAAAUCCAUGCUUCCUAUCAUCAAAGAACUUAUUGCAGCUGGCAUUAGAAUCUGGAUAUUCAGUGGAGAUACAGAUGCUGUUUUGCCUCUGACUGCAACCAGAUAUUCCAUUAAAGCACUUAAGCUGCAGACCAACAUCAGCUGGUAUGCUUGGAUUGAUGAUCAAGCAGAGGUUGGUGGGUGGACAGAAGUAUACAAUGGUCUAACCUAUGUGACAGUGAGGGGUGCAGGGCAUGAAGUUCCUUUGACACAGCCUAAACGUGCCUUGGUACUGUUUAGGUACUUCCUGAGGAAUCUGCGCCUGCCGGCUUCUCUUUCCGAUUAGCUAGGAUUAAUUUGUUCUUAUGAUCCUGCUGAUCAUCAGAGAUUUAUUUACAAAUAGCUAGCAUUAACAGAAAAUUACAGCAAAAAAAAGGAAAGAAAAAGAAUUCCGGGUUUAAUUAAUUAUAGUGAUUUAAUUGUUGUAUUACAAAUUAUAUUAUUUAUACUUGCCAAUUAAUUUGUUGUGUUAUAUAGUGAUAAAUUGAAUAAAGGCAAUUAGAUGUAUUUAUGUU